GAGCAGGACGCGGCUGCGCAUGUUUCUGUCGGGAUUUACGUUUUAUUUGAAUGUGUUUUACCGCUAAAAUGACCAAUACGCCAAUUUUUUCUACGUAACAAUAGCUUAUAAACAAAAUGAAGUGUCAGUUCUUACAUUUAGUUCCGUGAAGUGUUGAUAAUUUAGUGUUUAAACGACAUAGAAGGAGUAAAACAAAUGUGUGUGAUCCAUGUGUGAAUGUUGUGCUACAAGAUGUGGUCGAGAAACUUUAUACCGGAUUAUGGGAUUAAAUUGCUAUCCAUCGGGCUCGUGCUGUCGACGUUGGCAGCGAAAAUCCACGGGGUCGAAGGUUUUGUUUCGUGUUCGCCGUCACCGUGCAAAAAUGGCGGGACAUGUCUUUCAUCACCACGUGGGGAAUACUUUUGCAACUGUACAUCCCGUUACGCCGGCGAGUUCUGUCAGCACCUGAACCCCUGCCAUAGUGAAUCAAGUCCACGUUGUCAGAACGGAGGAUCGUGUCGAGUGCGCCCUGGAGCCGGAGGAGCGCCCCCCUCAUUUGCCUGCGACUGCCCGCUCGGUUUUAGCGCGUCCCUAUGCGAAAUCCGUAUCCCUGCGGCUUGUGACUCUGCACCUUGUUUGAAUGGAGCGACUUGCAGGCUGACGUCACUGCACACCUACGAAUGUGAUUGCCCUCCAGGCUACACAGGAGAGGAAUGUUCACACGAAGACCAUUGCGCAUCACAACCGUGCAGGAACGGCGGUCGUUGCGUCGCUGAUAACACAACGGCUGUCGGUUACUCGUGCGCCUGUCCGCCUGGAUUCACCGGUUCGAGAUGUACCGAUGACGUCUUCGAAUGCUCGAGUGGUUCAGGACCUUGUCAUCAUGGAAGGUGUUUCAACACCCACGGCUCCUACACCUGCGUCUGUGAGCCAGGGUAUACUGGCAGGGAUUGCGACACGGAGUACGUUCCCUGUGAACCUUCGCCGUGUCUUCAUGGAGGACGGUGUACGCAGCUGGAUCAGUUGAGAUACGAGUGUGAUUGUCCUACCGGUUACCGAGGUCAGAACUGCGAGAUCGACAUCGACGACUGUCCUGGUCAUCUCUGCCAGAACGGAGCGACGUGUAUCGACGGCCUGAACUCUUAUACGUGCGAGUGUCCCCCGACAUUCACCGGAACCUUGUGCGAGGCGGAUGUUGACGAAUGUGCAUUGAGGCCACUUGUGUGUCAAAACGGUGCAACUUGCACCAAUUCGGUGGGCGGGUUCUCCUGCAUCUGCGUCAACGGCUGGACUGGUCCCGAGUGUUCAGUGAACAUUGAUGACUGCGCGGGCGCUGCUUGUUUCAACGGCGCCACGUGUAUCGAUCGUGUCGGAGCGUUCUACUGCAAAUGUACUCCUGGAAAAACUGGUCUUCUCUGCCAUCUGGACGACGCGUGCACUUCAAACCCUUGUCACGCAGACGCAAUUUGUGACACGAGCCCCAUCAAUGGGUCCUACACUUGCUCGUGUGCUUCAGGCUAUAAGGGCUUAGACUGCUCUGAGGAUAUCGAUGAGUGUGAACAAGGAUCACCAUGCGAACACGACGGCAUCUGUGUGAACACGCCCGGCUCCUUCGCCUGUAACUGCUCCGUCGGUUUCACGGGCCCCCGUUGCGAGACCAACGUCAACGAAUGCGAGAGCCAUCCCUGCAGGAACGAUGGCUCGUGUCUCGAUGACCCCGGCACCUUCCGAUGCGUCUGCAUGCCUGGCUUCACGGGAACACAAUGCGAAGUGGAAAUAGACGAGUGCGCCAACAAUCCGUGCCUGAACGGCGGCGUGUGCCAUGACAUGAUAAACGCAUUCAGAUGCACUUGCGUCAUUGGUUUUACCGGUGCUCGCUGUCAGGUGAACAUCGAUGACUGCGCUUCAAGUCCUUGUCGAAACGGAGGCACGUGUCAUGAUUCCAUCGCUGGGUACACUUGCGAAUGUCCACCCGGAUACAACGGAAUGUCGUGCGAGACCAACAUAAACGACUGUCUCUCAGCACCGUGUCACCGAGGGGAAUGUAUUGAUGGGGACAAUAGCUUCACGUGCAACUGUCAUCCGGGAUACACGGGCCGUGUGUGCCAGACCCAGAUCAACGAGUGCGAGUCCAAUCCUUGCCAGUUUGGAGGUCAUUGCGAGGAUUUGAUCGACGGAUACCAGUGCCGUUGCAAGCCAGGAACAUCUGGUCGGAACUGUGAAAUAAAUGUCAACGAAUGCUAUUCCAAUCCUUGUAGGAACGGCGCAACUUGCAUCGACGGCAUCAACAGGUAUACCUGUGAGUGCAUCCCCGGCUUCACCGGCCAACACUGCGAGACCAACAUCAACGAAUGUUUGUCCAACCCUUGCGCCAACGGCGGGAAAUGCAUCGACCGCAUCAACGGCUUCCGCUGCGAAUGUCCGAGGGGAUACUAUGACGCUAGAUGUCUCUCGGAUGUAAACGAAUGCGCAUCGAACCCCUGCAUCAACGGUGGAACAUGCGAAGACGGAGUGAAUCAGUUCAUCUGCCACUGCUUACCGGGUUACGGAGGUCAACGUUGCGAGCGAGAUAUCGACGAAUGCAGCUCCAAUCCGUGCCAACACGGCGGCACGUGUCACGACCGACUCAACGCGUACAAGUGCGAUUGUGUACUCGGCUUCACUGGCGUGAACUGCGAGACGAACAUCGACGACUGCGCGGGCAACCCGUGCCUGCACGGCGGCUCCUGCAUCGACCUCGUCAACGGGUACCGCUGCGUGUGCGCUCCCCCCCACUCCGGUCGGAACUGCGAGAACACGCUCGACCCCUGCCUGCCCAACCAAUGCCGGCACGGCGGGCGCUGCAUCGCGGAGGCGUCGUACGCGGAGUUCACGUGCCAGUGCCCGGUGGGCUGGACGGGCGCGCUGUGCGAGCGCGACGUGGACGAGUGCGGCGUGACGGCGCCGUGCCACAACGAGGCCACGUGCAUCAACACGGAGGGCUCGUACGCGUGCCUGUGCGCGCGCGGCUACGAGGGCAAGGACUGCGCCAUCAACACCGACGACUGCGCCUCCUUCCCCUGUCAAAACGGUGCAACAUGUCUGGACAGUAUCGGCGACUACAACUGCGUGUGCGCGAGCGGCUUUGCGGGCAAGCACUGCGAGGUGGAUAUAGACGAGUGUCAGUCACGGCCGUGUAUGAACGGCGCUACUUGUAAUCAGUAUGUGGCAUCCUACACGUGCACGUGUCCGCUCGGCUUUUCUGGGAUCAACUGUCAGACCAAUGACGAAGACUGCACAGAGUCGAGUUGCAUGAACGGUGGCACCUGCAUAGAUGGCAUCAACUCUUACAACUGUUCAUGUCCUCCUGGGUACACGGGUUCAAACUGUCAGUUCCGUAUUAAUAUGUGCGACAGUUCACCCUGCGACAAUGGAGCGACUUGUCACGACCACGUGACCUUUUACACGUGCCACUGUCCGUACGGCUAUACCGGCAAGCACUGUGAAGCCUUCGUGGAGUGGUGCGAGAACAACCCGUGCGAAAACGGUGCCACGUGCUCGCAGAAGGGCCCGCAGUACACGUGCACGUGCGCGCCCGGCUGGUCCGGGAAGCUGUGUGACGUGGAGAUGGUCUCCUGCAAAGAUGCUAGCAUUCGGAAAGGUGUCAAAUUGAAACAGCUAUGUAAUAAUGGAUCCUGCGAAGACAUUGGUAAUUCCCAUCGCUGUCAUUGUCUCGAGGGCUACACCGGCUCCUACUGUCAGAAGGAAAUCAACGAGUGUGACUCCGCUCCCUGUCAGAACGGAGCAGUUUGCAAGGACCUAGUAGGAACCUAUCAGUGUCAAUGUGCAAAAGGUUUUCAAGGACAGAACUGUGAACUUAACGUCAAUGACUGCCUCCCGAACCCGUGUCAAAAUGGAGGAACAUGUCACGAUCUGAUAAACAACUUCUCUUGCUCAUGUCCUUUCGGUACACUCGGAAAAAUCUGCGAGAUAAACGUAAAUGAUUGCAAACAAGACGCCUGCCAUAACAACGGCACCUGCAUGGACAAAGUGGGUGGCUUCGAAUGUAAAUGUCCACCAGGUUUUGUAGGUCCCAGGUGUGAAGGUGACAUCAACGAAUGUUUAUCCAACCCCUGUUCGAAUCCCGGCACACAGGAUUGUGUGCAGCUGGUCAAUGAUUAUGACUGUAAUUGUAAGCCUGGCUACAUGGGUAGACAUUGCGACGCUAAAGUCAAUUUCUGUGCAAAUUCUCCAUGUCAAAAUGGGGGUAUUUGUACAGCGAUUCAGGGUGGACAUGAGUGUUUGUGUAAUGAAGGAUUUUACGGAAAGAACUGCGAGUAUUCGGGCUACGCCUGCGAUUCCAAUCCGUGCCAGAACGGCGGAUAUUGCCAAACUUCAGAAAUCGGUGACUACAUCUGCGAUUGUCCAUCAGGUUUGUCUGGUAUCAAUUGUGAAAUCGAUUCUAUGAACGAAUGUUUAAGUAAUCCAUGUAAGCAUCCCGAAGCACGUUGUAUCGAUAAACCAGGUGACUAUCUUUGUUAUUGCCCGAGGCAAUGGACCGGCAAGAGCUGUGACAUCCAUGACCCUCACGCGAGAGGUGGAUACGGAAGCCCCAUGUCUGGUGUUUACAAUAAAAACCCUGGACUAACACCUCUGGAACUAGAUUUAGCCUUCCAAAGAGAGAAAUGUGUUAAGUUGGGUUGCAAAGAAAAACAAGGAGACCACCACUGCGAUGAAGAAUGUAAUACGUAUGCCUGUGAAUUUGACGGAAACGAUUGUUCUCUGGGUAUCAACCCUUGGGCAAACUGCACGGCGCCUAUAAAAUGUUGGGAAGUUUUCAUGAACGGAGAAUGUAAUGAAGUUUGCAACACUCAAGCCUGCAUGUUCGAUGGAAGAGAUUGCCAGAAAUCGUUGCAAAAAUGUAACCCUGUUUACGAUGCGUACUGUCAAAAGCACUACGCUAAUGGCCAUUGUGAUUACGGAUGUAAUAACGCUGAAUGUAAUUGGGAUGGACUCGACUGUGAAAACGAACCACCCGAUCUAGCUGAAGGUGUUAUGUCGAUAAUUUUGCUCAUGGACAUGCGAACUUUCAAGGAAAACUCCGUAGCAUUCUUGCGAGAUCUCGGCCAUCAGCUACGAACUACGGUUCUUAUAAAGAAAGAUCAUUUGGGUAACGAUAUGGUCUAUCCGUGGAAAGGAUCGGCAGAUGUCGGCUUACAGGACACGGAGUUCGGAAAGAAACAUCAAAUAGUCUACACGGAGAGAGGGCAGUCUGGAGUUCAAGUGUAUUUAGAAAUUGACAACAGAAAAUGCACAUCGAUGUCCGCAUCGGAGUGCUUCUUUUCGGCUCGUGAAGCUGCCGAUUUCUUAGCAGCUACUGCGUCGAAGCAUUCUCUAUCACCAGACUUCCCUAUUUAUCAAGUUAAGGGUGUAAAUGCUCCGAUAGUUGAAACUACAAACUUUAAAUACGUCUUUAUUGGCGUGAUUCUAGUUCUAUUAGCGGGACUCCUCAUUGGAGUUCUCGUCACAGCACAAAGAAAGCGAGCUGCUGGUAUAACUUGGUUCCCCGAAGGUUUUAUUCGCAACAACUCAUCAACGCGACGACGGUCGAGACGAAGAGGUCCCGACGGGCAGGAAAUGAAAAAUUUGAAUAAAGGAUCUAUCGGAUGUAUCGAUGUCGACAUAAAUGGCGGGCACAUGGGUCCACCCCAUUGGUCUGAUGAUGACGAUGACGGGUCUGCUCCUCCCAGGGCUAAGAGACCUCGCGGUCCAGGUGAUGCCAAUGGCGCACCCGGUGGCUAUGCGUCUGAUCACACUGCGAUCACUGAUUAUGAAGAAGCUGGACACGAACCGAGAGUAUGGACCCAACAGCAUUUGGAUGCAGCGGAUAUCAGAGUGCCACCCAGUAUGAUGACGCCGCCUGCCAUCCACGAUACUCACGUAGACGUGAACGCGAGAGGACCUCUAGGUAUGACUCCUCUGAUGGUCGCAGCUAUAAGGGGCGGAGGCCUGGACACGGGCUCCGACGUCGAAGACGAACAGACGGCCCACAUAAUUUCGGAGCUGGUCGCUCAGGGAGCGCAGCUCAACGCCGCCAUGGACAAGACCGGGGAGACCAGCUUGCACCUCGCCGCAAGGUACGCGCGCGCGGACGCCGCCAAGCGGCUGCUGGACGCGGGCGCCGACGCCAACUCGCAGGACAACACGGGCCGCACGCCGCUGCACUCCGCCGUGGCGGCCGACGCCAUGGGCGUGUUCCAGAUCCUGCUGCGCAACCGCGCCACCAACCUCAACGCGCGCAUGCACGACGGCACCACGCCGCUCAUCCUGGCCGCCAGGCUGGCCAUAGAGGGCAUGGUGGAGGACCUGAUCAACGCGGACGCGGACAUCAACGCGGCGGACAACAGCGGCAAGACGGCGCUGCACUGGGCCGCCGCCGUCAACAACGUGGACGCCGUCAACGUGCUGCUCGUGCACGGCGCCAACCGGGACGCGCAGGACGACAAGGACGAGACCCCAUUGUUCCUCGGAGCUCGGGAAGGUUCGUACGGCGCGUGUAAAGCGUUACUGGACGCGAUGGCGAACAGGGAGAUAACUGACCACAUGGACCGACUGCCGCGAGACGUCGCUCAGGAGAGGAUGCACGACGACAUCGUGAGAUUACUCGACGAGCACUGUCCGAGACCACCGCAACAUCAUCAUCUGAUGACGUCGCCCACGCCGCACCCGCAGCUGAUCAGCCAGCCCACGGUGAUCACGGCCAGCAAGGGCAAACCUAAGAAGCCCCGCGCGAAGCCUGGUCCUGACAGUCCGCAAGACGCGUACGAAACGACCAUGCAAGCCUCACAAAUGAGACGAAAACCGAGUGUAAAAAAGAACAAUAAGAAAGUGGCACAGGAAGUGCCCCAGAGUGUGGAGAGCUUGGCAUUCAGUCUGAGCCCCGUUGAAUCGCCGUUACAAAAUUUACAGGACCUACCGUCGCCGUACGACGCGACGUCGCUGUACUCAAACGCGAUGGCGCAGUACCCGCCCGUGGAGCAGCUCGUGCAGCACAAGCAGCCGCCCAGCUAUGACGACUGCGUCAAGACGGGGCAGGCGCUGCAGUACGGCGGCGGGCUGGGCGCCUCGCUGUCGCCGCCCUACUCCAACCACUCGCCCACGCACAGCAACCACACCACCUCGCCGCACGCCUACAUCGGCUCGCCGUCGCCCGGCAAGUCCCGGCCGUCGCUGCCGACGUCUCCGGCGCACAUGGCGGCGCUGCGGCACCACCACCUGGACGCCGCCGCAUACUCCGCGCUCGUGCACCUCAACGCCAACGGGCAGCACAACGCGCAGCUGCAGGCGGCCAUGACGCACGCCGCCACGCUGGGGCAGGUGCAGGGCGCGCAGCACCCCGCCAUCACCAACAUCAUGUCCGGUCUCUAUGGCAGUUGGGGUAUGGGAGAUACGUUCCCGACGCCCUCUCCGGAAUCCCCCGACCACUGGUCCACGCCCUCUCCCCAGACGCCGCUCACUCAGUCCCCCCACUCGGACUGGUCUGACCGCGCUGCGCUCUCGCCUAACGAUAUACAGCAGACGAACAAAGGCACGACCGAGGCGUUCUAUAUAUAAUUAGAAUUGAAACAACGCGUGAGGUCCUACUCGUCAAUAAAUUUUUGAACGGUGUUGCCGUCAAUGAUCUUAUUUAAACGCCUGAGAGUUUUAACAUUAAAAAAUAUUUGUAAAUCGACGUAAAUUAUUGUUAAAAAAAAAGCGAAUGAGUUUAUUUGAUCAUAUAUUACACAUCGGUUUUCAAAAAAGGAGAUAGAAAAAGAUUGGAGUGGAUUUUCACAUUGAACUCUGAAGGCUUUUAAACGUAAUCGGCACCUUGUAAAUUAUACUAAUGUUAAAUUAGAUAAGUUUAUUGAAAUGUAUAAGUUUCGAAAUCUCAAGGUGCUAAAGUGCCGUAGAUGAUAGACUGAUUUGUAUAGCCAUGACAUAGCAUAGCAUUUGAACGUGACAUCCCAUGACAGUACUCGGUGUAUUAUUGACGUCAGAAUCUUGGAGAUGAAAUAAUGACUAUGUAAUUAUUAUAAUAAAUAAAACGAUUUUUAGUCGGAAUGUUAAUGUUAUCUUGACACAUUGAAAUUAUGUCUUAAAAAAGAAAAAAAAACGUCACAAUUUAUUAUAUUAUCUGUGAACAUAUCAACGCUUCCACAGAUAAUCGUACUGUUUUGAUAAAAAUACACCAGAGUGUAACACGGACACCGUGAACUAGUUGUUAUUGUUAAAUGUGUUUUUAUUUCUUGUUUUAUAUAAAACUGCGUUUUUAAAAAUAUUUAAUUGGGAAUUUUUCAUCAACAUACGAGAUUGUUUUGCGUAUUGACGUGAAAGGAAAUUAUUUAUGUGUGAUUCUUUAGCACGUAACAUCUGUAAUGUACUGUAGUGUAUGUAGAUUUUUUUUUUAAUUUUAAGUAAAUUUUAUAGGCUAAGGUUAAAUUAUAAGUACUGACUAAGAUUGACGCCUGUUUUUGAAUGAAUUUUAAAGUUUAAUUUCUAUGACGUAACUCGUAACAGGCAUCAGUCUCAGUUCGAUGUCGAUAAAUUAGAUAUUGUUUUUCCGCUUUUAAAUCAUUCCAUUGUUGCUUCCAAUACUUUUUAUUGUGUGACGGUGACUUAAAACCAGGAAACGAACGUUACAUUACAAGCAAACGAAUGACAUUGACAUUAAACAAAUUAAAAAAUCUGUAUUGUCACUCUUGAAAGUUCAAUCUAUUUUUAUACUUUAUUUUUUUGUUUUAUCACUUUGCACAAGGAAAUUAUUCAGUCUCAAUUAAAUUUAUCAUAAAAGAUUUUCGCAUUGAGAUUUGUUAAUUUGCAUUUUUUUUUCUCAUAAUUUUGUACAAUUUACCAUUUCUCAGUCGUCGUUUAUCGUUGAAGUCACCGUUACGUAUUUAUUCCAAAAGUACGACGGAUCGUACAUUAAGAUCUCAUCAUUCCAAUGUUCGCUUUAAUGAAACAUUUAUAUUUGGGGUCACAUAUGCUCAAUAUUAUUAAUAUCAUUCAUUCUCAUGUAUUUGUAAUAUAUUAUCUAUAAGAUUAUUUUGUUAGCUAAGUUUUUAAAACUGCUGCCCACGUGUGAACGUCGCCUAUAUUAUUGUAAAUAAUUAAAAAAAUAAUAUUUAAUGAAACUCGGAAUCGUAAAAUGAUCUUCGUAGUUUAAUAUUAAUGAUAGUUUUUAAUAUUUUUUUUCACUGUGUCAUUGUUAUGUGCCAAUGAGCCAAGUUUUGAUAUGAAACACGAGGAAUCGGUGACUUUUAUCAUAAAAUUAAAGCCUGUAUGUGGGCGAUUGUUUAUCAAAAUGUCGACAAAUAAAAUAUUUUAAUAGUGAUAAUUGUGUAUUACUAGUACUAGUAAGUAGGGUACGUAAUAAAUGAAACGCGUGCUUCCUGUAAUGCAUUCUUUUAUAUAGUAAAAUAUCGUAAGAGUAAAGUAAAUGUCAAGUGAUAGAGAAAAAUGUAAAGUACAAAAUGAAAUUUGAUUUUUUUUUUUAAUAAUAUGAAAACUUACCUAACUUAAACUUUUUGUGUUGAAACGUUCUUAUUGUAAAAAUAUAUCGUUGUGAAUUAAUUAAAAAAGUAUAAAUGACAUCUUGGCACAUUGUUAAAAGAAUAAAUGCAUGUAAAAUAGGGCACAAAUUAUUAUAUUUUCAUCUCUUUGUGCCUUCAGACAAUUUUAAGUAUUGUAAUAAACUAUUACGUAUAGUUUAAGUAAAUUUUUAACUCUAAGACGCCUGUAAAUACGUUUUUAUCAUUAUUUUUA